AUGUCGUCGAUCGAGAUCACCUCGGACGCCGCCGCCACCUGGGACUGGCCGCUUCAGCACAACGACGGCGUCGUCAAGGUGCACAACACCAAUGACAAAUUCGAGGUCGGACUCGACGUGCAAUUCUUCACGCCCAAAGAGAUCGACGUGAAAGUCUCCGGACAAGAGUUGCUCAUUCAUUGCCGUCACGAGACGCGCUCCGAUUCGCAUGGAACCGUCGCGCGCGAGAUCAAUCGCGCCUACAAGCUUCCCGACGACGUCGACGUCGCCACCGUCAAAUCGCAUCUCGGAACUCGCGGCGUUCUCACCAUCACCGCCGCCAAGAAGGCUUAA